GCUAUUUUUGCAGUGAAGUUGCACAGUGAGCCGAGCUGGGAGGGAAGAUCACAAUCCCAGAGCCAAUAAAACACUCAUUGAGCCAGAGACACACUGCACAUAGCUGAACUCUGCAAAGAGUCUGAGAGUGAGAGAGAGAGAGAGACUUGUAAGUAUCACAAUGAGGGAAAUUGUCCACAUCCAGGCUGGCCAGUGUGGAAACCAAAUUGGAACUAAGUUUUGGGAAGUGAUCAGUGAUGAACAUGGCAUCGACCCAGCAGGAGGCUACGCUGGUGACUCAGCACUGCAGCUGGAGAGAAUCAAUGUCUACUAUAAUGAAUCAUCCUCACAGAAAUAUGUACCCAGAGCAGUCUUAGUGGACUUGGAGCCAGGAACCAUGGACAGUGUGAGAUCUGGUCCGUUUGGUCAACUGUUUCGACCUGAUAAUUUCAUCUUUGGACAAACAGGUGCAGGAAAUAACUGGGCCAAAGGACACUAUACAGAAGGAGCAGAGCUGGUAGAUUCAGUGCUUGAUGUUGUAAGAAAAGAAUGCGAACACUGUGAUUGCUUGCAAGGAUUUCAGCUCACUCAUUCCCUUGGAGGAGGAACAGGUUCUGGCAUGGGAACGCUACUAAUCAGCAAAAUCCGAGAGGAAUAUCCCGAUAGGAUAAUGAAUACAUUUAGUGUCAUGCCCUCUCCAAAAGUCUCUGACACAGUGGUGGAGCCUUAUAAUGCUACACUCUCAGUCCACCAGCUGGUUGAAAACACAGAUGAAACCUACUGCAUUGAUAAUGAAGCUUUGUAUGACAUUUGUUUCCGCACCCUGAAGCUCACCACCCCGACGUAUGGAGAUUUAAACCAUUUGGUGUCUGCUACAAUGAGUGGAGUAACUACAUCGUUGCGUUUUCCAGGCCAGCUGAAUGCUGACCUUCGAAAACUGGCAGUAAAUAUGGUGCCAUUCCCACGCCUUCACUUUUUCAUGCCAGGGUUUGCUCCUUUGACAGCCCGAGGCAGUCAGCAAUACCGAGCACUCACUGUUCCAGAGCUCACUCAACAGAUGUUCGAUGCCAAAAACAUGAUGGCAGCAUGUGACCCAAGACAUGGACGAUAUUUAACAGUGGCAACAGUAUUCCGAGGUCCCAUGUCCAUGAAAGAGGUUGAUGAGCAGAUGCUGGCCAUCCAAAACAAGAACAGCAGCUACUUUGUGGAAUGGAUCCCAAAUAAUGUCAAAGUGGCAGUUUGUGACAUCCCACCCCGUGGCCUCAAGAUGGCCUCCACCUUCAUUGGCAACAGCACAGCUAUUCAAGAGCUCUUCAAAAGGAUCUCUGAGCAGUUCUCUGCCAUGUUCAGGAGAAAGGCUUUCCUCCAUUGGUUUACAGGAGAAGGGAUGGAUGAGAUGGAAUUUACAGAAGCAGAAAGCAACAUGAAUGACCUGGUUUCGGAGUACCAGCAGUACCAAGAAGCUACGGCAAAUGAUGGAGAGGAAACAUUUGAAGAUGAUGAGGAAGAGAUCAAUGAAUAAAGAAAUUCUGUCUUACACACACUAAUCUACAUCAAAAAUCUCAAAUAUGGAUUUUUAAAAUUAGUCUUGUAGAUCCAUAUUUAAUCUCCAUCCUCCUUUCUUCAAAAAAUAGAGAGGAAAAAAAAGUAGCUUGAUUCUCAGAGAUGAUGAGUUUCCUUCAGCUUCCGUGGGAACUGAGGGAGAUCAGCACCUCUGAAAAUCAUGCCACUUUUAUAUAGGAGGCUAAUUUUAGGCAUUCAAUUUUAGAAUUUUGGCCUAAAAGUUUAAAUAUUAGAGAUCACUAGAUUUGUUUAAAUAAACAAAACUUGUCUUCUAUGAAAAGUUGUACAAGAGGUGGAAUGGGGAUGGAAAGUCAUUUGAAAAUAGGGCUGUCCUGUUUUCAUCAAACUGUGAACAGCAAUAACAGCAAAAAUCUUGUGGGUCUUUGAAGUGUUAUUCUGUACUGAAUGUAUAGUACCUACGUGCCAGGAGCAGAAUCUAUUCAUAAUAAAUCAAAAUUUAAUCAUA